AGCGACUACAGCGGUUGGCGCUUUGUUCGCGGCUUUGUCCGUGCGCGGCUAGUAAGGACCGACAAAAGGCGACGCGUUGAUUGUGUGACAGAUGGGCUUUUGUGUGAAAACUACUACGACCCGCUACCAACAUGACCUCCAGCGUCACACGUAGAGCGCAACACGGCGUGUCAAGAUGAAGAAGAAAGUUCGGCAGCACCGGGUCGCGGUGCCGCAGAGGCCCCCGUCGCCCAUCAAGCCUUCCCCCAACAAGCAGAUCUUGACUUAUGCCCAGGCACAGCGCAUGGUGGAGUUUGAGAUGGAUGGGCGCAUCCACCGGCUCAGCAUAUACGACAAGCUGGAUGUGAUUUCGGACGAGGACCCCAUGGUUCAGGAGAUGAUGGAGUGCACCAGCAACAAGGAGAAUGCUGAGAAACCACAGCAGAUUCUCCUGAGGUCAGUCAGACUAAAAAACAACCAGGAGAAGAGAAAUGCUGCACUGGGCAUUAUUGGCAAGGGAGAGGGAGGUGGACAUCAUACCAGUGCGAAUGCCAGUCCAAAACCUCCAGAGCCUAAGUUCCGUACAGUGGAAUAUAACCUACCAGCAGUUCCAAGGCGUGCAGCUACUUAUUAUAAAUUCAUGGAGAAGACUGAGGAAGAGUUGGAUGAGGAAACGGAAUAUGAUAUGGAUGAGGAAGAUUAUGCCUGGCUGGAUUUGGUCAACGAAAAACGUCGGAGCGAAGGAGUCAGCCAGGUGUCUUACAAUGUCUUCGAGUUUCUUAUUGACCGCUUUGAGAAGGAGCUGUAUCUGGAGAGUCUGGAUCAGAGUGGCGAAAAGCAGUCCCCGGUUGACGACGAUGCUGUGUGCUGCAUCUGCAUGGACGGAGAGUGUCACAACAGCAACGCUAUUUUGUUUUGUGACAUGUGCAACAUGGCCGUGCAUCAGGAAUGUUACGGUGUGCCCUACAUUCCCGAAGGCCAGUGGCUUUGCAGACACUGCCUCCAGUGUCCCACUCAGCCAGCAGACUGCGUCUUAUGUCCCAAUAAGGGUGGGGCAUUGAAAAAGACAGAUGAUGGCCGCUGGGGUCAUGUGGUCUGUGCCCUCUGGGUCCCAGAGGUCGGCUUCUCCAACACCACCUUCAUCGAGCCCAUCGAUGGUGUCGGCGACAUUCCUCCAGCCCGCUGGAAGCUCACCUGCUACCUCUGCAAAGAGAAAGGCGCCGGGGCGUGCAUUCAGUGCCACAAGGCCAACUGUUACACCGCCUUUCACGUCAGCUGCGCCCAAAAGGCCGGCCUCUUUAUGAAGAUGGAGCCAACGACAGAGGCGAAUGAAAGCGGAGAGACGACGAUCUCUGUGAAAAAGACUGCCUACUGUGGAGCGCACACACCAGCUGGAUGCGUGAGGCGGCCGCAUUCAAUUUACGAUGACGCCAAACCAAAAAAUGGACUGUGCAAGAAAGUGGACAAGGGACGAGGUGCUGGUAAAGGACAGUCUAAAGGAAAGCAGCAGCAGCAGAAGAGGAGGAGUCGAAAGCCUGAGGUUGAAGUUGAAAGUGAAGCUGCAACCCCUGCUACUGUGCCUAGUUUCCCUGCACACAGGUUACAGACUAUUUUGAACCAAGUGUCGGUGCAGAAGAAAAAAGCCUUUGUGGAGCUGGUCCUGAAUUACUGGACUCUAAAGAGGCAAUCCAGGAACGGGCUCCCUCUCAUCAGACGCCUUCAGACAAAGCUGCAGUGUCAGAAGAAUGCGCAACCGGUUUGUUCAUCUAGGCAGAACGAGGAGGAGAGCAGAGCAUUAAAGGACCAGCUAAAGGAAUGGCACCGCCUCCGACACGACCUGGAGAGAACCCGGCUGCUGCUGGAGCUGAUUCGCAAGAGGGAGAAGCUUAAGCGAGAAGAGAUUAAACUGCAGGAGACACUCUUAGAGAUGCAGUUGAGCCCGUUCAGCAUUUUGCUCAGAGCUCUCUUGGACCAGCUCCAGACGAAAGACCAGGCUAAGAUCUUUGCUCAGCCAGUUGAUGUGGAUGAGGUUCCCGACUACCUAGACCAUAUCAAGCAUCCGAUGGACUUCUCCACCAUGCGGCAGCGCAUAGAUGCCCAGGGUUAUAACAAUUUGGAUCAGUUUGAGAAGGACUUUAACCUGAUUAUUGACAACUGCAUGAAGUACAACUCAAAGGACACCUAUUUCUACCGAGCUGCUGUUCGCCUCCGAGACCAGGGUGGGGUCCUGCUCAGAAAAGCCCGACGGGAUGUGGAGAAGAUUGGCUUUGACACCGAAAGCGGAAUGCACCUGACUGAGGCUCCUGAAAUCACAGCACCAACGUCGUUUUCUUGGGAGGACGUGGACCGGCUGCUAAUUCCAGCCAAUCGGGACCGUAUGCCCCUGGACAAGCAGUUGCAGCAGCUGCUGGAGAAGUUCGACCUGACCUGCGCCAUGAAGUCCAGCCCCUCCCGCAGCAAGCGGCUCAAGCUGCUCAAGAAGACCAUCAACGAUGUUCGCAAUGAAAUGAGUCUGAAGAGAGUCCUGUCCUCGCACCACUCCUCUUCCAUGUUUGCAUCAUCUCGAUCAUCUUCUUCCCGUCCAGAGCUGAGUGAACCUGACGAGGAGAGGCUAAAGUCCAACGGCCACUUCCAAGAUGAUGAGGGAGACAAGUCUCUUCCUCCUAAAUUGGAGCCCUCGGACUCCAUACCUCCCCUCAUCCACUCAGACAUCAACUCUGAGCCGCCUACACUGAAGCCGAUCGAUGCCGCCCCAGACUGCGAAGACAGGCCGCUCAGCAAGCGGGUCAAGUUCGACGCCGAAAUCCCGGACCUGCUCUCGGCCGCCCCGCGCCUCAACGGCUUCUCCCGCGACGGCCUCCAGAGCCCGCUGCUGGACCGAGACGUGAGCGUGGUGGCCACGUCCACCCUCGCCGAGCCCACGGGCCCCGUCAACCGGCGCACCGCCGUGCUCUUCCGCAAAUCGAAGCCGGGCGCCAGCCCUCAGAAGCCUCCGAAGAACGGAGACGAGGGGGGCGAAAGCAUCGACGGCAGAGAGGACAACGGGGAGGAAGAAGAAGACGGCGCGCAGCUGGGCUCCAAGUCUUUCCUGUCGGUGGUCAUACCCAGGCUCGAGACGCUGCUCCACAGUAAGAAGAGGAAGCGCAGCGGCAGCAGAGACAGUGAGGAGGAGGGAGGCGAACGAGGGCACGAGGAAGAGUCCUGCGUCAAAAGAAUUGACAGCGGCCUGGCAGGUGGGUUGCUUGAAGCGACGGCGGAAAAGCAGCGAGAGGAACCCAGCCGAACAAGUAGAACCGCGGAGCCCAGAAGACGCUGUGCCUCCGAGUCCUCCAUCUCCUCAUGCAGCAGUGUUCCGGGAAGCACCAGCACCAUUCUCAGUCUUCCAAAAUGUGGGAAGGGAAAACCCGCCUUGGUCCGGAGAAACACUGUGGACGACAAGAGCGAGCUCAUCGCCUGCAUCGAAACUGGGAAUUUUGCAAAAGCUGCGCGAAUCGCUGCUGAGGUUGGCAACAGCAAUAUUUGGAUGCCCGCUAGUGCUGCAACCGUUGCAUUGGAACCCUUAAAGCUAGUUUGGGCCAAAUGUAGUGGAUACCCCUCCUACCCUGCCUUGAUCAUCGACCCCCGCAUGCCGCAUGUGAGCUGUCAGCACAACGGGGUGUCCAUCCCCGCGCCCCCCACGGACGUGCUCCGCAUCGGGGAGCAGAUGCAGUACAAAGCCGAGGAGAAGCUCUACCUCGUCCUCUUCUUCGACAACAAGCGCAGCUGGCAGUGGCUUCCUAGAUCCAAGAUGGUUCCUUUGGGGAUGGACAAGACCAUAGACAAGAUCAAAAUGAUGGAGGGACGCACAUCCAGCAUCCGCAAGGCUGUCCAGAUUGCAUUCAGCCGUGCCAUGAACCACCUGAGCAUAGUGCAGGACGAGCCAGUCAGCGACCUCAGUGACGUGGACUGAUGAACACUCGCCGACUCUCCUCCCCGCGCACACACAAACCUGUACCUCUCAUGUACCAAAUACCCGCCUCUUCUCUUUUCUGCUUUGUCUCCACGGGGGACUCAAAUGUUUACUGGGCACCUGCUGUAACAGGCGGCGUCUCUCCCUCAUCCAUUCCUACUUGUACACACUCCUACCAUGUGCCGAUGGGAUACGGCUGCUGCUGAAAUGAAUGUCUCUGUCUGUCCCCCCCAUUUUCUCCGGUUUGCCACUGUGCUUAGAGACUGCUCCCUUUUCGUCUAUCCCGACUCCCACCAAUCACAACUGUCAUUUUCAUUUAUCAUUUCAAGGCAGAAAUGUCAGUGAUUGAUUCCGUACAUUUCGUGUGACCUUACAAAAUGUGUCAGGACUUCAUAGUAAAAGAAACUUUUAGCUGUGGACUGGUUUUUGUUGCUUCCUGUUAAAACUGAAGCAGUUUCUCAAGCAGAGCGUAAGCUUUGCGUUGCAGUGACUCCGCUGUAGCUAAGCCUUUUUACGUCAAGGUCGCAUCUUUUCAUACUGAAUUAAUGUUCAUUUUCAAACACCUCCCUUUGUAUUUAAACUGUAAAUAAUAUGUACAGUUGCUUGGCACUAACUUAUUUUGUAGAUUUGGCAUAAGUGGGUACUGUACAGAGGUUUUCUUAGUAUUUAUACUUGACACAUUCUUGGCACUAACAUGCGAGUGCUGUUUCACUAGUGCUGUGCAAAAGCCUUAGUAAUAAGGAGAUUAGGGCUAAAACAACAUGUUCUGAAAAAGUCCGAAAGUAUUGAAAGUUCAGUUCAGUUAAGUUAUUGAAGUUUAUGAUUGUAAGCUUCCAUUUGGCAUUAACCCCUUUUUGUAUCAAAAUAGUUUUAGUAUAUUUUUGUUCACACACAUAUCUAUCUAUAUCUAUAUAUCUAAAUAUCUAAAUAUAUAUUUUAUAUGAUUUAAAUUCUCUGUAAAACAGUGUGUGGGCCUAUGAAGCACAUGCAGGCAGUCUGACGACGUGGACACAACUUAUACUGUUCUUAUGAAACCAAAAAUGUUGCUACCCAGAAGUUUCAUUUUUUUUUCUUUGUGUGUGAAGUGUGUGAUUGUUGCCAAAAAAAAGUAAAAAGAGUAUUUUUGAUGUGAUCCAUUUGACUGUUACUUAGCGUUGAUGUAGUUGUAGGGAGACGUGCCUGGGUUAACUUAUUGUAAAGUAUUUGCAUAACUUUAUAUUCGAGCAAAGACGUGGAAAUUGAUUGUGGUAAAGUGGCACAUUUUGUGGUGGAUACUUGCCUCCUUUUUAAGUAACCUUUUCUAACUUUUUUGUAGCGGUAGACUUCAAGAUAUUUCAUUUCAUACGAUUGCCUUUCUCUGGGUAGCGUUGGGUAGUUUUGGUAUAUUUAAUUUCUUACUUAACUGUAGUAGUUUCCUUUUUUUUAACCAGGUCAUGACAUAUUGCUGGGACUGUUUUUGUAGCAAAGCAAAAAAAUAAACAUACAAAUACAAACAACA